GAGAAAGAAUAAACCGAAGUAUGACGCUUAGUCACGUGUGGAUUUCCUAGUCCGGAACGCAGUUUGGCGCCACGAAGGAGAAUCGGCGGCGCAGGAUGAUCCAAGCAUGAGUGUUGUCACUGUUACGAACACCAUCCACACCAUUUCAAGACUUAUAGCUCCUUCGCAUCGCUUUUUUUUGCCAGUCCAAGGCACUAUCAGCUGCAAUGUCUACCCGUGUGAGAUCACCGGCAAUCGAUCCCGAGGUCUCUGCGCCAGUGGAGAAGAAGAUUCGAUUGGAGGAGCAUCCCGUGGAUGAGUCCAAUGUAACAAAAGAAGACACGAGUGUCCAUGUAGUAUCUGGACCUUCCAAGAAAGUGUCGAAAUCAGCGAAGAGGAAACAGAAGCGUAUCUUGCCAGAGCCUUAUUCUUCAGAAGAUGUCCUAUGGCGCGAUAUAGUCGCACUGCUAGGAGAUGAUACGGUCGGCCAUGUUCUGCAACAAGGUACCGAGUGGAAUUCACCGUUUGAUUUCCGUGAAGAGGUGGAGGUAGAGGUAUCUACAUUAUCUUCCAAUGGCGAUGCGCUGGCACGUUCUCCUGCGUCUUCCGCUCCCUGGGUGAUCGUUGCACCAUUUGCAUUACCAGGGGAAAGAAUUCGUGUUCGAGUUUAUCGCAGUUCGCGAUUACAUUCAUUCGCCGACCUUCUUGAAGUUGUUUCACCGAACCUUGACCUACGCGACAACAGCCGUGCGAAGUGUCGCUACUUUGGACAAUGUUCUGGUUGCCAGUAUCAGAUGCUUUCUUACGAUACUCAACUUGGAAUCAAGCGCAAUGUGGUCAUCAAGGCUUAUGAAAAUUUCUCAAAUCUUCCCAAAGAAACCAUCCCAGACGUACUUCCAACCAUAGCCUCGCCACUUCAAUAUGGCUACCGCACGAAGAUAACACCGCAUUUUGAGGCUCCACCAAAAAAAGCACGCAAGGAAGCUGAUUCUGGUUCAGCCAAUUCAACAGAUAAGCCCAGCUGGCUGAAAAUCGGAUUUAAUGAAAUCGGAAAGCGGACAGUGCUGGACAUCGAGGAGUGUCCUAUUGCAACCCCCGUGUUAAACGCGGCACUUGGACCUAUACGGGAAGAUAUAAUCAAGAAUAUCUGGGGCUACAAGAAAGGUGUUUCAUUGCUUCUACGCGACUCGAUUGAAGACCUGCCCUCCGAUAUAUCGUCUAUCCCUAGUCCGGAGGACGAGAAGCAUAUCUGCAUCACGAACCACAAGGCAACUGUUCGUGAACGCGUGGAUUCCACGUAUUUCGAGUUUCCGGGACAUUCAUUCUUCCAGAACAACAAUUCCGUGCUUGUCCCGCUUACCUCAUACGUAAAAGAUGCGAUCUUCCCUUCCUCGAAAUCGUCUGGGCCUACGCAUCUUGUGGAUGCGUAUUGCGGUUCAGGUCUCUUCUCAUUGAUGCUUGCGCCACAUUUCGACACCGUCGCAGGCAUUGAACUCUCCGCCGAGUCAAUCAAGUCUGCUACUGCGAAUGCUAUUAUCAACCGCCUUCCACAAGGGAAAUGUUCUUUUCUGGCCGGUGACGCUGCGAACAUAUUCUCGACAGUUUCGCACUUCCCCCCAGACAAAACGGCGUUGAUAAUAGAUCCUCCACGCAAGGGCUCUGAUGAACCAUUCAUAGAACAAUUGGUUCGCUUCGCAUGCAGCACUGUGGUAUACGUGAGCUGCAAUGUGCAUACACAAGCGCGUGAUAUAGGGAUGAUUAUAGAGCGGAUGGAGCAGAAAGGGGGUGGGAGGAAAUAUGUCCUGGAGAGUUUGAGGGGCUUUGAUCUAUUCCCACAGACUGCGCAUGUGGAGAGCGUCGCGGUGUUGAGGUUGGUUUAGCUCCCGUCAAUAUCAGUACAUAAGUCUAUCACGUUGGCAUCUUUAACCAGCGGUUGGACCACGCUUUUACGUCGUCAGUGUUUGUUAUUACGUGCAGAAGGCCUUAUCAGACUCAUGACC